GAUUAUAACGAAAACGCCAGCUCUUAGCCCCAGUUAGUUGAGUAUACUCGGGAAGAAGAUUGGGAGAAAGCCGGAGAUGGAACCGAAUUCUCAACCCAAUUCUACACAAGACUGGCCUACAAGAGCAUGGAACCUACUCUGUAAACUGCGGGACCAAUCACCGCUUGUUCAGUGCAUCACCAACUUCGUUUCCAUGGAUUUGAUGGCCAACACUCUCCUAUCUGCCGGUGCAUCUCCGGCUAUGAUCCACUCUAUUGAAGAAAUUCCCGACUUCACUCCUCAUGCUCGUUCCCUCUGUAUCAACGUUGGCACUUUUUCCCUUAACCGGCUACCAGCCAUGAAAGCUGCUGCGGAGUUGGCAACUAAAUUCGGGAAGCCUUGGGUUCUUGACCCCGUUGCUGCUGGAGCUUCCGGUUUCCGGCUGAACGCUUGCCUGGAGCUUGUGGGAAUGAAGCCCACUGUUAUUAGGGGAAAUGGGUCGGAGAUCAUCGCUCUAUCUAAGGCUUCUCUGGGCGCCUCCAAGGGUGUAGACAGCUCCCAUGAGUCGAUUGAUGCAAUAGAAGCAGCAAAGUCUUUGGCUCAAGCAAGUGGUGCCAUAGUUGCGGUUUCAGGUGCUGUUGAUAUCAUCACAGAUGGAAACCGAGUGGUUGGUGCUCACAAUGGGGUACCCAUGAUGCAGAAAAUUACAGCAACAGGAUGUGCAGUCACAGCCCUCAUUGCGGCUUUUGUUGCUGUUGAUCCAUUACAUGCUCUGGAAGCAACAGCUUCAGCAUUGUCCAUAUUUGGGAUUGCUGGUGAACUGGGAAUGAAAAUGGCCAAAGGACCAGCUUCAUUGCGGAUGCACUUGAUUGAUUCCCUUUAUGGGCUUGAUCAAUCUGCUCUGCUUUCACAUACAAAGAUCACCAGCCUGUAAUAAUCCUUUGGGAGCUCUGUGCAAUUAAUGUGUCAAUUAUAUUAGGUUUCCAAUCUA